AUGAGCAAUAAUGGGUUGAGUGAUGGAUACUAUGAUGGGCUUCCCGGUAGUCCUACACCUGGCUCUGGGCCCCGUCAUAACUCUUCUUCCAUCACCAACAACGCCAACACCAACAACACAUUGAACAAUACCAACAACAAUAACAUCAACGACAACAACAACAACCAACAACCAACCUCCACAGACUUCUCCCGCGGCGGACUCUACCAAGACGACCCCCGCAACCGUCGCCUCGACACCCUCGAAAAGAUCGAUAACGCGGAUUUCGGCUGGUUCCACGUCCGAGCCUGUAUGGUCGCCGGUGUGGGCUUCUUCACCGACGCCUAUGACUUGUUUGCCAUUAACUUGGUCUCGCCUAUGCUUGGCUUUGUUUACUUUGCGGAUCAACAGAACACAGUUCCUGCAGACAUUGAUGCAGGCUUGAAGAUUGCGGCGAGUGUGGGGACGUUUAUCGGACAGAUUGGGUUUGGCUAUUUGGCGGAUAGGCUUGGUCGUAAGCGGAUGUACGGUGUGGAACUCGUGAUCAUCAUCGUCGCAACAUUCGGCCAAGCGCUCUGCGGAAACGCCUACGGCCUAUCCCUCCCCUGGGCAAUCAUGGUCUGGCGGUUCAUCCUCGGCAUCGGUGUCGGAGGUGACUACCCCCUCUCAGCCGUCAUCACCUCAGAAUUCGCAACGACCAACCGCCGUGGUGCCAUGAUGGCCGCAGUCUUUGCGAUGCAAGGAUUCGGAUACCUUACCACGGCGCUUGUUGCUAUUUUGCUGUUGUUGGGGUUCAAGGGGAUGAUUGAGGAGGAUGCGAGGAAUUUGGAUUAUGUGUGGAGGCUGUUGAUUGGGUUGGGGUGUAUCCCGGCGUUGGUCGCGGUGUAUUUCCGAAUGACGAUUCCAGAGACGCCGAGGUAUGUCUUGGAUGUGGAGAAUAACCUGUUCAAGGCCGAGAAUGAUGUCAACCGAGUCAUCCCGACGACCAGGAACGCGUUGCAGUCUGAUAGGGAUGAGGUCGAUGCGCGUGCCUCCCAAUCUAGAGUCCACCCUCGUCGAAACAACAACGCUCUCGGUGGUGGUGGUGGCGACGACGGCCCCAUCGGUCAAAAAUCCGGCGGCUACCAAAAGAACACCUCCAACUCUGCCUCUGUCGCGGGCGGGUAUAACUCUCUCUUCUCCGCAUCCUCGAAAGAGAAUACCGUCAACCCCAACGGCGGGACCUUCCGCGAAUUCGUCCGUUACUUUUCUCGAUGGGAAACCUUCAAAGUCCUGCUCGGCACCUCCGUGACCUGGUUCUCCCUCGACGUAGCCUUCUACGGCAUCGGUCUCAACAAUACCUUCAUCCUCUCCUCCAUCCACUUCUCGCCCAUCACCGGAAACGCCUACGAGACCAUCUGGAACGCAACUGUCGGCCAGGCCAUUAUCGUCCUCCUGGGAGCCAUCCCCGGUUACUGGUUCACCGUUUUCCUGAUCGAACGUCUCGGACGCAUCAAGAUCCAAGUCAUGGGCUUCGUCAUGUCUUGCAUCCUCUUCUGUAUCCUCGGCUUCGCCUACGCACCCAUCCACAACCAAUCCCCAGUCCUCUUCAUCUUCCUGUUCGCACUCACCCAAUUCUUCCAGAACUUUGGUCCAAACGCCACAACGUUCAUCAUCCCCGGAGAAGUCUUCCCAACCCGGUACCGAUCCACAGGUCACGGCAUCUCGGCCGGCAUGGGCAAGUUAGGAGCCAUCGUCGCCCAGAUUGGGUUCUCAUCCUUGAAGGACAAGGGCGGCAAGAACGCCGGUAUCCCACAACUCCUCCAAAUCUUUGCCCUCUUCAUGUUCAUCGGCCUCCUCUUCACCUACCUCGUCCCCGAGACAAAGGGCAAGACCUUGGAGGAACUGUGUGGAGAUGAGGAUUAUACGAGUCGACAGUUGGAUAGGGAGAGGUACCGUCAGAAUGCCUUGGCGGAGAAGGAUGAGGAUUUGGAAUGA